GAGCAGACUUUCAACUGCAGAUCUUUUACCAUCAGGUUAACGUUAACAGCCAUGACAGAAACUGACGGUCGCGCUAAAGCCGGUGGGUUUGAUGCCAAAGCCGAUGCUACUCUGGUAUUCGAGACGACGAACGAUGUGAAGGUCGUCAGCACGUUUGAUCAAAUGGGUUUGAAGGAAGAUCUACUUCGGGGGAUCUACGCUUACAACUUUGAGAAGCCCUCUGCCAUCCAGCAGCGUGCAAUUUACCCCAUUAUCAGCGGGCGCGAUGUGAUCGCCCAGGCGCAAUCUGGAACUGGUAAAACGGCAACCUUCUCCAUUUCCGUCCUCCAGAACAUCGAUACGACCACCCGCGAGACGCAAGCCCUUAUUCUCUCCCCUACCCGUGAGCUUGCCACUCAAAUCCAAAGUGUAAUUUUGGCACUGGGUGACUACAUGAACGUUCAGUGCCACGCAUGUAUCGGUGGAACAAGCAUAGGCGAGGACAUUAGGAAGCUGGAUUACGGUCAGCACAUUGUUUCGGGAACCCCAGGCCGUGUCUUUGACAUGAUUCGACGUCGUCAUCUUCGCACUAGAAACAUCAAGAUGCUGGUUCUUGACGAGGCAGAUGAGAUGUUGAGCAAAGGAUUCAAGGAGCAAAUUUACGAUGUGUAUCGAUACCUCCCUCCACAAACUCAAGUAGUACUACUCAGUGCUACAUUGCCACACGAUGUCCUGGAAAUGACCACAAAAUUCAUGCAAGACCCUGUCCGCGUGCUUGUCAAGCGUGAUGAGUUGACAUUGGAAGGAAUCAAGCAGUUUUUUGUAGCCGUUGAGAGGGAAGAAUGGAAGUUUGAUACGCUUUGCGAUCUUUACGAUACCUUAACGAUUACUCAAGCGGUGAUCUUUUGCAAUACUCGUCGUAAGGUUGAUUGGUUGACUGAAAAGAUGAGGGAAGCCAACUUUACUGUAUCUUCGAUGCAUGGUGAAAUGCCUCAAAAGGAACGUGAUGCGAUUAUGCAAGAGUUCCGACAGGGUGCAAGUCGGGUGCUGAUCACCACCGACGUGUGGGCACGUGGUAUCGACGUACAACAAGUGUCCCUUGUCAUCAACUACGAUCUUCCCAACAACCGUGAGCUAUAUAUUCACCGUAUUGGUCGAUCUGGACGGUUCGGUCGCAAGGGUGUCGCAAUCAACUUUGUAAAGAAUGAUGACAUCAAAAUUCUUCGCGAUAUCGAGCAGUACUACAGUACGCAAAUCGACGAAAUGCCAAUGAAUGUGACGGAUUUGAUCUAAUUUGGUCUCGCAAUGUGUUUAAUAUGAUGAUGUUUUGUUUUGUCAUUCCAUCGGCAUGUUCUAUAAAUUUAUGGAAAAUGUGUUGUCUGUAGGCCAUUGCUUUUUGCAGGUUCCAAAUAUCGUCAUUAAACCCGUUUUGGAAGCCUAAUCCAGG